CUUCAUCCAGUCUCCUUUCAAAUCGCUGCAGAUAUCUUUCUAAUAUAAUAUAGACCCGCCGCCAUCAAUGUUUUGAUUAUUCUGUGCCAUCCCGGGAGUCAGCCAACACGAGGUAGAUUUUCCCAAGCAGCGGAGUACGAGUGAGCUGUGCCGGAGGCCUGGUACCAAAAGACAGGAAAUGGCAGCGAAGAAGAAGCAAAAGAUCCUCUUCUUUGUCAACAGCGACUAUGGCCAGGCAAAUAUAUUCCUAGCUACAGCAUUUGCCAUAAUGCAGAUAGCCCCAGACGUUGAGCUGCACAUUGCAUCCUUCCGUCCGUUACAAGAUGCGGUCGAGAAGACUUCUAAGCAAGCACAGGAGGCGAGACAGAACGGAAAGGAAUCAAUCCAGCAACAGCCAAAAGAGAAAGGACCGGGAAUUACCUUCCACCCAAUCAAGGGCAUUUCGCAAUUCGAAGCAUCCUUUCGUCCUGAAGUAGGUGUGCAAGAGGCUUAUAACCUGACACCUGGUCUGAUCAAUUCCGCGCGAAACAUCCUUAUCAUACCAGGGAUUAUGAUGCCAUGGGGACCGGAUGAAUUCAUAGAGAUCUACCGUAACUGUGAGCUGAUCUUGGACAAAGUCCAGCCAGACAUCGCAGUGGUAGAUCCGCUAUUCAGCCCUGGAUUGACGCUGUGCCAGGACCAUCGGCGUCGAAGGGGCUUAAAGUGGACGGUGUUGGCGCCGAAUACCAUUAAAGAUUUUGCUAUCCCACUGCAACCGCGCCUAGCGAUGCUAUGGAAAUAUCCCAUCGUCUGUUCUGCGCUGCCCUUCCCGCUCCCGCUGCAUCAAAUACCACACAACAUUCUCCUCAACCUUGUUGCAGGCUAUAUGCUGAUCACUGAUACCCGUGUAAAGACCGUUUCAUCUUAUCUCCAGCAGGAGCUAGGUCAAGAAAUCGGCCUUAUAACCGCGAACGAACUUGGUGUCCUGAAAGCUGCCCCUCCUGGCCUCCGCAUCAUUUGUUCUAGUAGUCCAGAGCUCGACUAUCCAUUCACCGUCCUGCCAAAUCAUAUUGUCCCAUGUGGUCCAAUUAUACGUGCGGCGCAGAGCAUUGGACACGUCGCUCCGGACUUGCAACGCUGGCUGUCGAGAGGACCUACAGUAUACGUAAAUCUAGGUACACACUUGACUGCAGAUGCAACAGAAGCUGUCGAGAUGGCUAGAGCAUUUCACGAUUUGUUUAAUGACGCACUGGAUACAAGAUAUGGCACAGAGCUACAGAUUCUAUGGAAGUUGAAGCGCAAGUCGAGCGGUAUCAGCCAAGAUGAUGUCAAUGCGGCCAAAGAUCCAAACAACUUCACAGGGCCAUGGAAGGGGAUUCGUGAUAUAUUGGGUCACAAGAUGGAUGAAGAUCGAGUAAGGAUAACGGACUGGAUAGCCGCAGAGCCAAAAUCGGUGCUGGAGUCCCGACACAUCAUUUGCUCGGUGAAUCACGGUGGCGCGAGUUCAUUCAAUGAGGCCAUUUGCGCCGGUGUUCCUCAAGUCCUUCUUCCUGCCUGGGCCGACUGCUAUGACUUUGCGAACCGCGUCGAGCUCCUCCGCGUGGGGCGCUGGGCCAACAAGAAAGCAAAACCACGGUGGAGACAUCCCGAACUCUCCACUGCCCUUCGGGAAGUCCUCAUCGGCCCGCAAGCAGAAGAAAUACGUAAGAAUGCGAGGAGCCUUGCUGAGAGAUUCCCAGAGAAUGUAGGACGGGACAGAGCUGCAACUGAAUUAUUAGAUGAGAUGAAUGGAGUGUAGGUUCGUCCGAUUUCAGAUCCCAGAAACAGUCUCAUCCUUACUAUUGUACAUUGGGACCAGGGGAAGACCUUUUUCUUUUGCAAAAUUGGUUCAGAAUGAGAAAUGAGUCUAUAGCUAGGCCUUGAAAGGGGAUCCGUCUUGACAUAAACGCCUUCAAUAUCGCCUUUCAAACAUAUUCAAUGGUCACCGAGCUGUAUCGUUUGCCUGGAAAUGUUCUUAGUAAUGUUGAUAGAAAGAAAAUAAAUGAAUGGGCAGCUGCUAACUUACCCUUGUGCACUAGCUCGUACUUCGUAGAUGCAGAUUGAUAUGUUACCUCCACG